GCAACGUAACUGCCGCGCCCCAGCUCAUCGUACGUGCGCGCCCCGUGGCGGCGGGAUCCGUGGAUAAGCUCAUCUCAAGCCGGGCGGCUGACGACUUGGCGCGACUGGCGAACUGGCGAGCCGCCCUGUGGUAUUUCCUCUCUGGGCCUCCCCCGCUAGCCCGGUCCGGUUCCACGAUGCAGUGGAUGCACCCUGCGAGCCACCCUGCCAUCCUGCACCCGUCUCUAUGUCCAGUCUUCCUCAACACCGAGCAAUGCACGAUGCGGGACCCUACGCGGCGGCCGUCCAUCCAGGACACAACAACCUCUCGCACGCCAUCCACCAACAGGCCGCCUUGACGGCGCAUUAUGCGCGUUGUCCGUGAGUCUACAUGUCUCCGCUGGUCUGACCGAUCGCCGAUUGGGGGGCUGGGGGGCUGAUGUUGGGUCCUGCCAGGUACGAGGAGAAGGUCAUCACGAACGGCACCACCGCUCGCAUGGUCCUUGUAUUCCUGCGCGAACUUCUCGAGCAACUGCCUGCGGGGGAGCAAGUGCAGCAAAGCUAUGGCUGUCCCAUGACCAAGUGCCACAGGACGUUUUCGGCGCCCUUGCAGGUCAUCCAACACCUCUUGUCCUGCCCCGAACUCCUCAACGGGGAGUUCGACUGCGACAAGUGCAACACCUGGCACAGCUUUCCGACGAACGAAAAGGACUGGGCCCAGUGGACGGGUUGGAGGUCUCCGACCUCGCCGCAUCCCAUCCAACGGAAACGGAGCCUCGGGUCGAAGAUGAAGGAGACCUUCGCCCUGAGGAAAAAAGAUGCAUCCCGCAAACAGAACUCUGUGUUUGACCCGCACUUCAAGGGCACGUACCCGAUGGACACGAGACCGAGCACUGCUGCCUCCGAGACACCCUCCAUGGCCUUCGCAAGCAGGGCUUUCGAACAGCACGGCGUCUUUCCGGCCCAGCCCGAGCAAAGGCUAGACUUCUCGGCACUCCAGAAGCCCAUGUCACCAAACGGCCUCUUAGACGUCAGCGACAGCAUGUUCUGGUCCGGCUUGAACGCGAGUGACCUGCCGUCUACGGUUUCAUCGGUCGCCAUCUCCUCCGCGGCAGACGAGAGCCCGUCUGAGCCCUUCUCUCAAAACACUUCGCAGACCACCCUGUUCAGCUCUGGGCUUGGUCCCUAUCAAUCUCCAACCUCGGCCGCUCGAGACUCUAGCAAAACACUAGAGGCCCGACCUUUCAUCUUCGCCACGCAACCGCCCUUCGGUCCUGCAUUGACAUCCCUUCCUGCCCAUCCCCCGUCCGUCUCGGCCAUGUCUCUAGACGACCCGGCGCCCGCAAACCAGGCGCCCUUGUCGCCCGCCGAGCUUGGCCAGACGGCCACCAACGGCGGCCAAGCAUGGUGGGACCCAAAGGUGGACGUAGAGACCACUCGAGCAACUCCACCGUCGUCCGGGCCAGGCCAAGGCCCCUGUUUCCCUCUUCAGACGCCCAUAGAGAGCAUAUUGCCCGGGAGUGUCAACAGCGGACUCUCUAGUCCGACAUCUCCCUGCGAAGACGGGCCUCCCUACUACCAAAUGGCGCCAGCAGCUGCUCCUCCCAUCUCGCGAGCGUUGAGUCACGAGUCGAUGCACACUGGAAUCACGACAGUUUUCGGGACGCCGACUCCAGAAGGAGGAGCACGGGGGGCCCUGUCCCCGCACGGCGAGAACAACAACAACAACAGCAACAGCAACAACAACAACGCCCAGCGCUCGGUCACAGUUCCGCCCAAGGCCCUUCCGGAGUCAUCGGUUGAAGAUCUCGUCUGUGAUGAAUGCCAGUGGAAACCCCGGGGCGUCAAAGAGAACCUAAAAGGUUAUCUCCGCAAACACAAGAAUACACACAAGGGCGUCCGACUAGCUUGCGACGUACCGGGUUGCGUGAAGACGUUCAGCCGGCUUGACAACCUUAAGAAACACAAGAAGGACAAGCAUGGGAUCGAGGACACAGGCAGCGCGGUGGCUGCGAAGCGGGCAACGGGCGAUCUUGCCAAGCGCAUGGAGGAGGGAGCAGAAACAAAACGGCCAGCCACGGUUGAAUCCGAGAUUAGAGGGCCGACAGAGGACUAUUCGAUGCUUUGGCCUGCCUUGCAUUUCUAGUCACCGACGAAUCGAUGCUUCGCCGCGAUCACCAUCAUGGCUUGUCAUGAGCUGUAUCACGCGCUUGUCAGCGCACAUAUUUUCCUUCUUUCGAUUUGAUCAUCUGAUAGGGUGAAGGGCUGUUACAGG